UGAUAAAGACGGCGAUGAUAAAUUAAGACAGAGCUGAAAAAAUGAUACUCAGUUACUUUCAUCACCGUCUUCGAUCAGUAUUGGUUAAUUUUGGUGAUCAUAAAGUUCAAUAAAAAAAUGCAUUGUGGCAAGUUCAUAACAUUCGUCAACCCUAGAAAAAAGUUGUUAAAAUUUAAUAAAUUAUUCAAAUGUGGUUAUCAUGGAAAAAAUAUUAUCUAUGGUUGCAAGCAAAAAAAGGUUAAAUAUUAUGAUAUUUCACAAAAUUCAUUAGCUAGUCGUAUAAAAUUUAGUAACUUCUACAGAUUAGUUAGUGCGUAUAGAAAAUACGGACAUCAGAAAGCGAACAUUAAUCCGAUAGCACUAACGAGACCAUUAAAUUUAAUCGAAUUAGAUCCUAAGAGAUAUGGCCUUGAAUUGAAUGACGUUGUGAGUUUUACUGGAAUAUUAAAUACUUCGAAAACUGAAGGAACUGUUAAAGAGGCUGUAGAAAUUCUUGAUAAUAUUUAUUGUAAUUUUAUUGGUGCAGAGUUCAAUUACCUCGAGACUCAAGAAGAACGAGAAUGGUUUGCCGAACAAAUAGAAUCUUCAGAAAAUUCUAUUUUAGAUUACAAAACACGGAGGUCAAUCCUUACAGAAAUGCUUAAGAGUCAAGCAUUCGAUGAUUUCUUGGCAGUUAAAUUUGUAACAUUUAAGCGAUAUGGUGGAGAAGGGGCUGAAUCAAUGAUGGCAUUUUUGCAUGAAUUUUUCAAAUUAACUGCUCAAAAUGACCUUGAAAAUAUCAUACUAUGUAUGCCUCAUCGCGGAAGGCUUAAUGUUUUGACAGGAAUGUUGAACUUUCCACCAGAAAAACUUUUCCGGAAAAUUCGAGGUCUUCCAGAGUUUCCGGAUGGUGUACAAGCAACAGGAGAUGUUCCAAGUCAUUUUACAUCAUCAAUAGACUUAGAAGUUGAUGCUAAAAAAUUUCACGUAACAAUGUUAUAUAAUCCUUCACAUCUGGAAAUAGUUAAUCCUGUUUCCAUGGGUAAAACGCGGGCCGUUAUGCAAGAAAUUAAAGAAGGUGGAUAUUCUGAUAAUCCUAAUUCACAGUGGAGUGAUAAAACUCUCAAUCUUCAGAUUCAUGGAGAUGCGGCAUAUUCUGGCCAAGGCGUAAAUCAAGAAAGCUUAGCUUUAACGGCAGUUCCACAUUUCGAAAUCGGUGGAAGCAUUCAUAUGGUGGUCAAUAAUCAGCUAGGGUUCACAACACCGACAUAUUGGGGAAGAUCUACUCGCUAUUGUACGGACUUAGCAAAAAUGAUAUCUGCACCAGUACUUCAUGUCAAUGGAGAUCAGCCCGAAGAUGUUGUUCGUGCAACACGCAUCGCUUUUAACUACCAACGAAAGUUUCGCAAAGAUGUUUUUGUCGACAUUAAUUGCUUCCGACGGUGGGGUCACAAUGAACUAGAUGAUCCUACGUUCACAAACCCAUUAAUUUACAAAAUUAUCAAAAGCCGAAAAUCAGUUCCAGAUCAGUAUCAAGAACAAUUGGAAACUCUUAAUGUCAUAAAAAAAGAAGAAUGUGAAACAAUCAAAACAAAGCAUACUUCUUGGUUGAAUGAUGCGUUGAAACAAACUGACAAUUUUGUUCCGCAACCGACUUACUUCACACACCGAUGGUCUGGAUUUUCUCAAGCGAAGUCAACCUUGACCAGUUGGGAUACUGGUGUAGAUUUAGAUCUUCUAAGAUUUAUUAUUCGUAAAAGUGUCACUUUGAAGGACGAUGUGGAUGUAAAUCCGACUUUGCUCAAAAAUCAUAUAAAAUCAAGAUUACAAAAAUUGGAUAAAAACGAGCCGUUGGAUUGGUCUACUGCUGAAGCAGCAGCUUUCGGCAGCUUAUUAUAUCAAGGAUAUAAUGUUAGAUUGAGUGGUCAAGAUGUUGGCCGGGGUACGUUUUCCCAUCGCCAUGCAAUGAUAGUCGAUCAAACAACAGGAGAAAUUAACAUUCCACUGAAUUUUAUGGCCGAAGGACAAACUGGUCAAAUAGAAUUAGCGAAUAGUAUACUGUCAGAGGAAGCAGUUUUAGGGUUCGAAUAUGGAAUGAGUAUAACAUCCCCAUCAAUGCUACCAAUAUGGGAAGCUCAGUAUGGUGACUUUUUCAAUGGCGCCCAAAUAGUGAUCGAUACAUUCAUAGCAAGUGGUGAAACAAAAUGGAUGACGAGCAGUGGAUUGACAAUGCUGUUACCUCAUGGAUUAGAUGGCGCUGGUCCAGAACAUAGUUCAUGUCGGAUAGAAAGAUUUCUGCAGUUAACGGAUAGCAAAGAAUACGUUCCUGAUGGUGACAACGUCAACAUGCAGGUCGCAAAUCCUACUACGCCAGCACAAUACUUCCAUCUUCUUCGAAGACAGAUGAUAAGAAAUUUUAGAAAACCUCUGAUCAUCGUCACACCUAAGAAUUUACUACGGCACCGAUCAGCGACGUCGUUGUUGAAUAACAUGGGACCUGGGACACAGUUCAAAAAUGUCAUUGGCGAUGACAAAGUCAAUGAGUCUAAUGUGGAGAGAGUUAUACUUGUUAGUGGAAAACACUAUUAUGCAUUGGAAAACCAGAGAGAAACAGCCGGAUUGCAGAAUACAGCAAUUAUUAGACUAGAAAGUAUCUGCCCCUUUCCUAUAGUAGAACUGAACGAAGAACUGAAAAAAUAUAGCAAAGCUAAAUGUUUCAUUUGGAGUCAAGAAGAACCACAGAAUAUGGGGGCUUGGAGUUUCGUCAAACCACGAUUUGAAAACUUAUGUGGAUUACGGUUAAAAUAUUGCGGUCGCGAAGCAUUAGCAGCGCCAACGGUUGGCAUUAGUCAGUUACACCAACGUGAAGCAAAAGAAGUAAUUGUUAAACCUUUUGUGAUAAGAUAAAAAAAAAUUGUCCGUAUAGGAUGAAUUGUCGAAUUAUCUUUUCUCCUACUAAACUAUGAUGCGAUAAUUCAUUUAUAAUAUAUAAAGUAUUGUAUAGAUAUUUAAGAAAGCAAAUGUUUCAUUGUGAAGGC